CCGGAAGCAAAUAAUUGCUCAAACGCGUCUGACUCUACGACUCACGCGACAAAGGCCAACACUCUUGCUCUUAAGGGAUUGGGGGCUUCGUGGGCGAUGUCCGAUGACGCGAAACUUGCUUCUCUGGCUAAGGCGAAUGCAGUCUUGGCCGAACAUAUCUCAAGGGAUUCAUCCCAAAUACCUGACCCGGGCGAAGCGAUCCUCGGGGCCUCAUCAUCCUCCGCGUAUGUCACCCCGCCAUGGGCAUUGUUCGACCUCAAACGCACAUUGAUGAUACCGGAAGAGCUGUUCUCGAGCUACGAAUCAACAAAGUCCACUUGUCAUAUGGGUAUUUUUUCUCAGAUAGAUCGCGCGUGGAUUACCUUGAACAACAAGUUGUUUUUGUGGGAUUACAUCGCUCCGAAGGACUCGCUGCAAAGUUUUCCAGAGCAGCCUGGGAAUAUUCAUAACGUGGGUCUUAUAAACCCUAAGCCUGGUAUCUUCAUUGAUACGAUCAAGCAUUUGCUGGUUCUUUGCACCACUUCCACUUUGAUAGUGCUAGGGCUGGCCGCUCAGGAGGGCCCUGCUGAUCGGUCUCUAAGUUCUCAACAAUUUGUCAUCUACGACACGGAGCUGCGUUUCCCUACUGACAAUGUAGCAAUGUCCUCCAUUGUCUCGACAUUGUCCGGACGCGCUUUCAUGUGCGGCAUAUCUGAUGGGAACCUGUAUGAGCUCCGAUAUCAGGCACGUGAAGGCUGGUUUGGCAGCAAAUCGUCUUUGUACAAUCAUUCUGCCUCCGGCGUUUCUAGUGUUCUUCCCUCUCUCUUUUCCUCAAGUCCUUCAGAAAUGAUUGCGCACCUCGCUUUGGAUGAUUCCCGUGACUUGCUCUAUGCGCUGACCUCAAGCAGCACCAUCAAUCUAUACAACGUCUCUGGUCAGACAACGACACCCUUGCAACGGAUUGCUGUUGCAUCAAACAUUUUCAAGCAUGCCCAAUUACUAUGCCCACCCCUUGGCACAACCAAACUGGAUAUCAUCGAUAUACACGCAUUCAGUACCUUGGACUCCUUCUCUAUUCAUUUAAUGGCCGUGACUUCAUCGGGAGUUAGACUUUUUUUUUCUGCCCUACGUCGCAAUUUUUCCAAUUACGGCACUUCCACAAGUGUGGUGUCUGGUGUCCCCUCGACGCUCGAGCUGGUGCACGUCCGAAUGGCCCCAACUACUGUCGAGCAUCCUCGAACUUCUCAUUUUGAUCAGAGUCCGUUAUAUCGUGGACCAUCAAACCCUUCCCUCUCACAUUCCAAAUCUUCGCAACUAUCGAAUCUGAGCUGCACCAGUUAUUUCGGGGGCCUUUUCUUGGGGGCUCAGUCUCCCUCUGACGGUUCUCAGCCCGAUGUGUUGUUUUGCACUUCUCCUGACUUGCCAAGAAUCGGGAACCUGGCGAUUGAUGGCACUUCACAGAAUUCUCAAAUGACAGGAACGAUCACUGCGUAUUCACAGAGCAGCCAGCCACCUAGACCUCCUUUCGGAGAAUAUGCUUCACUAUUGGAACUGCCGGGGAAGACUUGGGCGAUUGCCCAUUUGAAGACGCCACAGAUGCCCCCAUUUGCGAAGGGCUCAAUACCUUCAUGGAAUGAUCUUAUCACUCAAUUUACUGCAUAUCCUGAUCAGUUUCUUUUACUGACGAAUGAUGGUUUGUCUGUAAUCGUCAAGAAGCGGCCAGUUGAUAGUUUGCGAGAGUUGAUUGAAAGCACUCGACGUGGUGGCGAUGAGGAGCUCUUGAGGUCAUUUUUAGACCAAUAUGGUCGGAAUCAAACAUGCGCAAUGCUGCUGGCUUUGGCGAGCGCCAACUCCUUCGUGGGGGCGGCUCUAAGCUUGCCGGUGCCUUUUUCGUCAGCGAUUUCCCUGCAUAUCACUCCAAGCCAGUCUGCUGUCGCUAACCCUACUGGUUCCGAGAGUAUUAUCGACGAGGCCACCCAAAACGCCGCAAAGACGCUGUUCUAUGACUGGGGUCAGCAGCCGACUGAGUUCCCAAACUCGCUAGCUGUAGCAUUUAGUGGCAGGCAUGAGGGUCUUGCGUUGUACUUUUCUCGUUUGGUGCGACCAAUCUGGAAAUCCAAGAUAACAAGAGGGACAACAAGUAACCAAACUACAAAUAUCCCAGUGGUGGUGUUAUCCUCGGUUCAACGAAACUUGCAAUCACUUGCGGACUUCCUUGACAGGAACCCCCAGUUGUUCCUGCCCCCCGGUGAUUAUUCCUCAUUUGGGACAGGCUCCGGGGUGGGGCGACAAGGCCCUUGGAAGGAAGAACAAACUUCAGCGUCCUCUCUUAGAGAGCUACUAGGCAUCACCAUCGAAGCAAUCAACUUCAUCCUACUCUUGAUUGACUACAAGCUCCCGGAUACGAUCGCUUUAUGCGAACCUCCCCUCCAACAAAAACUCUACUCAAUGACGUGGGAGGAUCUGCUGACAACUAAGGAAGGAAGAGAUGUUGGGAAAGGCUUGGUCACUGCAUUGAUUAAUCAGCAAAUUGGCCAACAAAUAAGUAUCGAUACUAUCAGUGAUGUCUUGCAAUCUCGUUGUCCCAACUUCUGCAGUACAGAUGAUGUGAUGACGUAUAAGGCAGUGGAGGCUCUUCGUCGGGCAAAAGAGGCCCCAUCAGCUGGCGAAACAGCAGAGAGCCUGCGUGAAUCAUUGCGGUUAUUCCUUAAGAGCACUCGGAAUCUCCAUCCAUCAAACUUGGCGGAGAUUUGUGCCGACUAUCAGCAAAUGAGAUUUCCAGAAGGUGGGGAGUUCUGGGGAGAACGAACUGUACAGCUCCCGCUUAAAUGUGCGAACGACUGGGAUAUUGACAGAUCUGGCAUCCAGUACUGGGCGGGAGGCCACCACGAAGGUGAUGGUGCAAAACAAGCUUACGAGAUGCGAAUUGGUUGUUAUGAUUUGGUCUUGAAAGGGCUAAAAUCAUUUGAUGAUCGCUUGGAUCAGGCAACAAGUGACGAUGAAGCCCAACAUGCCGAAGUUUUUCAAUCUGCGGCCUAUCAUGCCGCGUUGGAAUCAGAUGAUCCUGUUUUUCACUCGCACUUGUACAAUUGGUUCAUCAGCCAUGGACGGACAGAGGAAUUACUCCAGAUUCGGACGCCGUUCAUUGAGGGUCAUCUUCUUCGGGAGCCCCACACAAGGGAGAAGAGCGAGCUACUUUGGCAAUUAUAUGUUGGCCACGGUGAAUUCCUUAGGGCUGCCGAGGCUCUGGCUAGCCUAGCAGAGGCAAAUUUCCCAAUGACAUUAGAUAAACGGGUCGAGUAUCUAUCACUUGCCAUCGGGAAUGCCAAAUCCCAUCAAGCAUCCAUUUAUGACCGUCAGGAACAAGGGAUGGUCGAAUUUUUGAACGACUUGGAGGAAAAGUUAGAAGUCGCCAACUUACAGCUGGAGAUGCUGGGUGUCAUGCGAACCCUGCAAGGCUUGGAUGAUGCUGGGAGGAGAGACGUGAAUACGCUGGCAUCGAGGUUGAUGGACGUAUCUGAGCUCUAUGGGGAAUACGCGGAACGUUACAACCUUAAUGAUAUGAAAUUACUGAUUAUCAAGGUAUCGGACCACCGAGAUCCCCAACUUGUGGCAUCUAUAUGGCGAGGAAUCCUCCAUGAAGCGGAAGAGGAGCAAACUGAUAUUCCCGUUAUCCUCGCUGAGCGUGUGCGGCGCCUCGGCCUCAAAUUGUACCCAUCAGAAAGUGCAUUCCCAUGUGAUCUUCUUUGUGAGCUGUUGGAAGACUUUUCCUGGGAACACAGAAAUGAGGUAGCUGUUGGUUGGGUGCCGCAGGUAUUGGUUGAGAGUGGUGUACCGUACGAUGCCAUUUUCCGGCCGUUAUAUACGAUGAGAGAGUCUGGGUCGGACGGACAGCAACCUCCGUAUCAUGCGGCGGAUCGAGAACUUUAUCUCAUACAAGAUAUCACAUACUUGGUCAAAAAUUGGUUGACAGAAACGAUCCGUCCGGCCUCGAGGGUGCCACGAGGAUCUUUCCCUGCCAAUGUAGUCGACCAAAUGAUCUCCGCGUACUUGGAAGUUCUGUCUGCGGAUGCUGCGUCACAAGACCUUCGGCGGAUAUUAGCAGAUAUCCAAAGGAAGAUACGAUCUCGAUUUUGA